GAAACAAAAAAAGGAAACAAAGCUUUUAUAAAUACACCAAUUCCUUCUCUUCGUCUCUUUACAAGAAAAAAACCUAAUCACAAGAUAACGUUUGAAUCAUACUAAAAUCCUUAACAAUGGAGUUCGUGAAAGGAGAUCAAGUUGAAGUCUGCAGCAAAGAAGACGGUUUCUUAGGGUCUUACUUCGGUGCCACGGUUGUAUCAAAGACUCCCGAGGGAUCUUACUACAAGAUUAAGUACAAGAAUCUUGUGUCGGACACGGAUCAAUCUAAACGGUUAGUCGAAGUCAUCUCAGCCGACGAACUACGUCCGAUGCCUCCCAAAUCUCUCCACGUAUUGAUUCGCUGCGGAGAUAAGGUCGAUGCUUUCGACAAAGACGGGUGGUGGGUCGGAGAGGUCACCGCUGUGAGAAGAAACAUCUACUCUGUUUACUUUUCGACGACCGACGAGGAGCUCGAGUACCCGCUUUACUCUCUGAGAAAGCAUCACGAAUGGGUUAACGGAUCCUGGGUCAGGCAGUAAUAAGUUUCUUAAAUUAGGGUUUUUAUCAUCGUUAUUCCUUUUUAACUCGUUCCAUGUUUCUUAUCGUGCUCUGUUUAUUAUUGCUCUUUCAAAUUCUAGGGUUUGGUUUUCAGAGACAUUGUUGCUCUGUUUUUUUUUUUCUUGCUUAAAUAAGUAGCGUGACUGCCAAGGAAUAUAAUGGAUAAUUUUUUUUUUUUUUUUGGGUGACUUAAAUAAGGGAUAAUUGUUUGAGGAGUGAAUUAACAAAUCUUAUCAGAAGUUAUCGCCGUAAUAUACUGUUUCUUUUUUGCAAGAUAAAA